AUGAAGCAACCAGGUGCCGGUAAAGAUGAAAAAAUCAACACCAAGGAAUCUCAGAAGUCUCAAGGAGAUGAAAUUGGGAUUCCCAGGAAGAUUGAGUUUUAUAACCUGAAGGGAAGAGCAAGCUCAAUGCCUGAAAAUGUACAUGUGCCAAUGGAUACUGCAGUCAGUAGUAUUCUGGGAGAACAGGAGAAGGUUAUGGCCGUCGACAAGUGCUAA